CUUCUUCCGCCAACUCACAAGCUCUCGUUUCAGCCCCAGGCCACGUAUUUCUUGGCUGUUUGCAUGAAAUAAUAAUUGAUGUCCCCGGAGAGUUUUUCAGCCUCGGGUGCUCCUCGAGCUUCAGCUCCACUGCAGGCUUGCCGUUUUUUUCACUUUUGUUCGACAAUCUAGCCGUCGUGAUGCCUGAUGGCCUGGAGCCUUUUGUAGCAGUGUAGCAGGAAAGGUUAGCUCGCUAGCGGUGCUGGCUGCACUUUCAGCCAAACCUUCCAUCCUAUCCGGGAAAAAAGAACACCGGCUGUUGGGACUUGCAGCUCCUAUCGGUGCAAAACGUUGGUUCACUGAUAGCGGAAGAGUAGCAAUGCCGUCAGGGGCGAGAUGCAAGGAUGUUCCCAUCGGCAUUCGAUUUAUUCGCUCCUGGGCACCUCGUCUGUCUAACCGGACUGCAGUUUAUAAGGCCUCCGUUGUUUGUGUGACUUUCUUCACUUAUGCAACAUACCACAUGUCACGAAGGGCCAUUAGCGUUGUCAAGACAAAUUGGUACCCUUCGGAUUGCAUAUGGCCGGGUAAGAGCAACGAUUCGCACCCAGAGUGUGGAAAUGUGCCACCUACGACUGAAUGCCACCCAUGGAAACCAUUUGACAAGGAAUCGAGGUUGGGAGAUCUGGACUUUGUUUUCCUGCUGGGAUAUGCCUUCGCUACAUACAUCAGCGGUCAAAUAGGCGACCGUUUCAACUUGCGAUAUUUCCUAUUUGCUGGAAUGUUGCUAAGUGGCAUAUUCACAAGCAUGCUCGGACUGGCCUAUUUCUUCAACAUCCACAGCUUUGCAUUCUUUGUCGUUGUUCAGUUAUUUGGUGGCAUUGUCCAAUCGACAGGAUGGCCCAGUGUUGUUGCAGUGAUGGCAAACUGGUUUGGCGUGGGCCAUCGUGGAUUCGUCAUGGGCCUGUGGAACUCUCACACGUCUCUCGGCAACAUCAUUGGAGCAAUUAUACCUGGAAUCUGGGUGCACAAUGCAUGGGGCUGGUCGUUCAUCGUUCCUGGAAUCAUCAUUGCCUCGAUGGCCAUAGUUGUUCUCCUAUUUCUGAUUGUUGAUCCGACUGAUGUGGACUGUCCACCUGUGUCUAAAGUGCCUGAGCAGCAGCCGCAGAGGCAGCGGCCACGCGGGCAGCAACACAGCAGUGAGACAGCCGUGAUGCCGGUGGAUCACCUGACAAUCAGUGAAGACAGUGAGCAAGAUGCUUUGUUGCCGGUGCUGCCGGUGUCGAAUGACGACGUGGCAUCAGCUGUAACAGAGCAGCCAGCACAUGCCACAAGUAGCAGAGAUCAGCCAGCUACUGCCGUUAGCUUUCUGUCUGCACUGCGGAUUCCCGGUGUAUUGGAAUACUCGCUUUGCCUCUUCUUCUCAAAGUUCAUGAACUACAUCUUCCUGUAUUGGAUGCCAAAGUAUGUACGAGAUGUCUGUGUAGCUGGUCAUUCUCUGUCCAAGCAACACUCGGCGUACUACUCAUCCUUGUUUGAUGUCGGUGGUAUUAUCGGUGGUGCAGCUCUUGGUUAUGUAUCAGACCGCACUGGUGCGUCCGCUAUACCUUCUGUGAUUAUGCUUCUAUUGAGCAUACCGUCCCUGUACAUCUUCAACACGUACGGUGGCGAUAGCCUGGGUGCUUUGCUGGGUCUAAUGGCAUUGACUGGUGCACUGCUGAAUGGUCCGUAUUCUCUUAUUACAACAGCUGUAUCUGCUGACCUGGGAACACAUGAAGUGCUAGGUGGAAAUCAGAAGGCCUUGGCUACUGUGGCAGCCAUUAUUGAUGGCACUGGAUCAAUUGGUGCUGCACUUGGGCCGUACCUGGUUGGAAUUGCCCUGCAGGAUGUCAAAAAUCCGUGGCCGGUUGUGGUGAAUGUGUGUAUGGGGGCGUCCUUGCUGUCAGCCCUCUUUCUGCUGCGGAUCUGCUUCAAGGAACUGUCCAGGUUCCGUGCGUCCCGGCAGUAGCCGUGUGGAUCAGAAGCAGAGCCACUGAGUUCGCACCAGGCUGACCGGGCCAAGUGGUUAUCAGUUCAGUGAUAUAGCAAUAGGGCUUGACAGUGAUGACGUCAGAAAUCAAAAUCUAACGGCGAAUAACGACCUUUGGAUCCACUUGGGUCCAGUUUUGGUAUGGGUCCAUACACGCUUGGGUGGUUUUCCUUCGCAGCAUAGUGACGCAUUUACCGGUAGUGAUUGGACUAGGCCCUCCCGGUCGUGGACCCACUCUUACCGGUGGAUGUGUCACUAUGCUGCGGAGGAAAACCACCCAAGCGUGUAUGGACCCAUACAAAAACUGGAACGAAGUGGAUCCAAAGGUCGUUAUUUGUUGUUAGAUUUCGACUUCUGACAUCAUCACUUUCAAGCCCUAUUGCUGCCAAUCAGUGGGCAUCAUCUUUUUAUGCACUGCGGCCAUUUCAUUUACUUUGUGCCGAUGAAUUAUGAUUGGUAUCUGUAUUGAUGUUGAUAUCUAUAAUGCUGUUCCAGGGUGAUCUUGUUACUGCCGCUGUCUUGGUCUCUUCUAGAAUUGCCUGGCCUAGACUUGAGGAUAGGCCGCAAGUUCUGUAACUUUGAGAUAGAGUUGAAAUAGAAAUAUCACGGUCAGCCAAUGAACGCAUCUUAUUAUCUUUACAAAAAUAUAUACUAAGUUGGCAACGAUGCACAUGCACAGGUGUUAUGAAAUCAAGUGACCUGAUUCAGUAUUCUGUUGUAAGCCUAUUUACAGAAAUACCCAAUUUUCUUAACUUAAUUCUUGUCUGGAUAGAAUGAUUCUCUGCCGUAAAAAA